GAUGGCGGCGGGGGACGCGGAGCAAGUGCGGUACUGCGGGCGGUUCUCCUACCUCUGCCUCAAGCUCACCCUCAUCACCUACUCCACCACCUUCUGGGUGAUUGGAGCCCUUGUCCUCGCGGUUGGGAUUUAUGCAGAAGUUGAAAGACAAAAGUACAAAACUCUGGAAAGUGCCUUUCUAGCCCCAGCAAUUAUUUUAAUACUUUUGGGCAUUAUAAUGUUCCUGGUAUCUUUCGUGGGUGUACUGGCUUCUCUAAGAGACAAUUUAUGCCUUCUUCAAGCAUUCAUGUACAUUCUUGGUAUCUGCUUGCUGAUUGAGCUGACUGGUGGAGUGGUGGCCCUGAUCUUCAGAAACCAGACAAUCAACUUUUUGAACAAUAAUAUUAGAAGAGGAAUUGAGAAUUACUACGAUGAUUUAGACUUCAAGAACAUCAUGGAUUCUGUUCAAAAGCGGUUUAAGUGCUGCGGUGGGGAAGAUUAUAAAGAUUGGUCCCAAAAUGUGUACCACAACUGUGCGGCGCCGGGACCGCUGGCCUGCGGGGUGCCCUACACUUGCUGUGUCACAAAUAAGACAGAUAUUAUCAACACUAUGUGCGGAUACAAAACCAUUGACAAAGAGCGCUUGAGUGUUCAGCAUGUUAUAUAUGUCCGAGGAUGCACGAAUGCAGUGCUUAUUUGGUUUUUGGACAACUACAGCAUCAUGGCCGGUGUGCUGCUCGGCAUAUUGCUACCCCAGUUCUUGGGAGUGUUGUUAUCCUUGCUUUACAUAACUCGGGUGGAAGAUAUCAUCACCGAGCACAAGCUGAGCGAAAGACUGUUUGAAGAAGCGCAGCAGAGAUCUGCCCCCGAGUUUGCUGGAGCCGGCUGCUGCAUGUGUUACCCGGGGUGA